UACUUGGCGCCAAUUUGGACAUAAUACCAAGAAGCGGCUUCACUUCAUUUUGUGCUUGUGUAGCUGGCGCCUGUUGUCUCAGUAAUUGCGAUUUGCAACAUUACGCUGCUUAAACCUAGUUUUUUUUUUUUUUGUUUCAAGUAAAUUUUAACCGCGAAGAAGUAGCGCAACAAAUACUUCAUAAAUACACCUAAGCUAGGAUUUUGUAGUGUAAAGUUCGCAGGAUAACAGUUACUUGGCCGCCAUGUUCCGGAGCAACCUGGAGGGCAGUGCAGCAGCCGAGAAUUACUCGGCCUUCCAUGGAAGGGGCGGGAUCAACUUGCUGGGCAUCCAGGAUAUGUAUUUGGACACUAGCGGCACAACUGGGAGCCUACCUCCCACUCCUUCCGUUUCGUCUGCUACGCUAAGUCCCCCCAGCACACCGCUGACGCCCCUUACUCCGGAACCAACUGCGCAGGCGUCGCAUUUUCCCCUUUUGGCUGAUAGCGCAGUCGCAGCCAAUACGCUGCUCCUGCAACGCCAAUACCAUUACCAAUUGUUGCUCCAGCAGCAACAACAUCAAUUGGCCUUGGCGCAACAUCAGUUGGCGUUGGCUGCUUCGGCGGCUGCGGCAAAUAUAAAUCAUCAGCAGAAGGAUGAGAUUGCGCGAUCCCUAAAGAACUUUGCGCAGCUUACCACUGGCGCAUCAGAAAACGCUCAUGGAUCCAUGCAGGAUGUGAUGCAGGAGUUUGCGGCUAAUGGCUACGUGAGCGACGACAUCAAUCGCUUCCACUAUGGCAGUGCUCCGCCACAAGCCUUGACGCCGCCGCCGCCGCCGCCUCCUCUCCUGGCGCCAUUGGGACAGACUUCAGCGGCUCAGGCCAGUGCUAAUGUUAACUUGGCGCCUGUUUCAGUACCGGCGCCACUGUCGGCUCACUGGCUAAACAAUUAUCGCGAGCAGCUCAACAACGUUUGGCGGCAAAUGUCCUACAUGCCCGCCGCCAAUGCUGCAAACCUUCAGGCCCAAGCGGCUGUGCCUGUAGCCCCCCUACCGGGCAUGGGGGUCAGUCUGGGAUUCCCUAUUCAACCUGAUCAUUUGCGCAGUGGAAGCAUCUCCAACAACGCCAAUAAAUAUAAGCGUUUCAACAACAAGUCAAAAGAUGUCAAUCGUCAUUGCGUAUUUUGCGAGAACAACAACGAACCGGAGGCAGUGGUGAACAGCCACACGGUUCGCGACAGCUUCAAUCGUGUUCUCUGCCCCAAGCUACGCACUUAUGUGUGCCCCAUUUGUGGAGCGUCUGGGGACUCGGCGCACACCAUUAAAUACUGCCCCAAGAAGCCGAUCAUCACCAUGGAGGAUGCCAUCAAGGCGGAGUCGUUCCGCCUUGCCAAGAGCAGCUAUUACAAGCCACAAAUGAAAGUUUAAACUCUAGAAAUCUCCGCCAAAGUCAAAGCUCUGGCAGCUUCUUAAGCGUUUAUAUAGUCAGAAAUAUAUAUGCGCGAUCAUUUAUAGGCUGAGAUUACUAGAAGAUAAAGAUCCAUUAACAGGUAGCGCCUGGCGCGUUCGAUUUUAUAAAGUUUCCAAACUUGUCUAAUGGCUAUAUUACGUACAGUAUAGUCUACGACUAAUCAAUCAACUCAAAACAAAUUUAUUUAAAAAAAUUCAUGUUUGUUUCUGUGAAAAGAAAGCCAAAUUUGUAAUUGAAGAGUA